AGUUAACGAAAAUAAUGAAUGUAAUAAAUCUUGUUGUUUUGUUAGGGUUCUUAUAAAUUACGAGGUAUCAAUAAUGUCUGUUAUUUUUAAACAGAACAAUUUAACAAUCAUGUUUAAAUUUGGAUUGUCAAAGAAGUUCGACAUUCGAAGACUAAUUCAUAAAACAAGUUGUAAUAAAGAUUCGAAUAAUAUAAAUGUAACAGAAAAUCUUGCUAAAGCUAACAGAAUAUGGGAAACUUGCUUUUGGGGAGGCUGCGAAAAUGAUAUUAAAAUAAAAGAUUAUGAAGAUACCAGCUUACUCACGUUAGAUAGACCAGAUUCUUUAAAUAGUCUUACACCAGGAAUAUGCAAAAUAAUAAAUGAAAACCUUCAAAAAUGGAAAAGUAGUAAAAAAUUAAUAAUAAUAGAAGGAUCCGGUGAUAAAGCGUUUUGCACCGGUGGGUACCUUAAAAUGCCCCAUGCAUAUCGAGGUAUACAAACAGAACAUUAUGAAUGGAAUAAAUUAAAAACAUUUCAAGAAUAUUAUUCAUUAGGUUAUAACAUCGGUACAUUAAAAGUACCAUUCGUAGCACUGAUGAAUAAUGUAGUAAUGGGAUUAGGAUCAGCAUUAUCUCUCCAAGCUAAAUAUAGAAUUGUUACGGAAAGAUCAAUUUAUGCAAUGCCAGAAGUUGCAAUAGGAUAUUUUCCUGAUGGUACAGCCUGCUACACUUUUCCUAGAUUACAAAAUCACAUAGGUCAUCUUCUAGGUAUUACUGGAUAUAAAUUAAAAGGUAUCGACAUCGUUCAUUCAGGUAUUGCUAGUCAUUUUGUUCCUUCAGAUAAAUUGGAAGAUUUGAAAUACGAAUUGAUCAAGUUCAAUGGAUCCAACAUAGAAGAAAUUAUUAAUAAAUACCAUGUUAAUAAUUCGAGCAAUAAUUUUAGCCUCAAUCCGUACAUAGAUAUAAUUGAAAAUUGUUUCUCAGCACCUACCGUUGAAGAAAUCUUAGAAAGAUUGAAAAAAGAUGAUUCAAAAUGGUCACAAAAACUAAUAAAAAUGAUUAACUUCGCAUCACCAACUUCCUUAAAAUUAAGCUUGCUUAUUAUUCAAAGAGGAAAAGGCUUGGAUCUUGCUGAUUGUGCAAGAAUGGAUUUUAGAAUGGGUUAUCGUUUGCUUUCAUAUGGUUCUGAUAUGUUUGAAGGUAUUCACACUUUCUUUGGAUAUAAUAAAAAACCACAAUGGAAUCCACCAUGUUUAGAGGAUGUAACAAUGGAUAAAGUAAAAAGUUAUUUCGAUAAUUUACCACCGGAAAAAGAAUUAAAAUUAAGCAAUUCAUAAAUAACUGAAGCAAAAAGAUUAGGCAACUAAAUAUUAAUUUAUUUACCUAAUAUGUUCAUUAAUUAAUAAACCUAUUAAAUAAUUUGAACUUUUACAAGUUAGAAUAAAGUAUUAGUAAUUUAGAAUGUCUUCAUAAACUUUCAACAAAUGAUUAAUAAUUUAUUAAAAGAUUUGAAUAGGAAAUGUUUUAGAAAAAAAAAGACA